AUGGAACUCAAUCCCCAAGAACUCGAACCACGAACACUCUACCGACCUAUCCCAGCUCCCAUACACUCCCAUACACCAGACGAAAUGACCUCCCACUCGUCCAGGAAGCGCACCGACAUGGCUUGCCAGAACUGCAGGAAGCGGAAGAUCAAGUGCGAGUCCAACAAGCCUGAUCCUUGUGAACACUGCAAGAAGACCAACAAGAGAGAAUGCAACUACAUCCCAGUCGCCGAGGAUACAGCCAUGAACGGCUCUCGCACUAGCCCUCCCUCUUCACACACCUUCCUCCACAUCCACUCAAGCCCAUCCUCGUCUUCUUCGCGAUCCUCCCCGCCCGCGCAUUCUCCCCAUCGCUCCCGCUCCUACUCUAACGAUAACGCUUACACGUCUUCUCCUGAGAUGAGUCGAGCAGCAUAUGUCCUCGCCAGCAGUAGCCCGAUCGAAGAGCUUCCAUUCGAUGGGAAUUACCAAGGCUAUCCCCAAACUUCUCAAUCUUACGCGACGACGACAUACACCCCAGUGCCACAAACCUACCCGGCAUACCCUGCGGCUGUCAACCAUUCCAUGCCUCAGUCCUCGUUUUCGACUAGCCCUCCCGCGGAGCUCGCCACAGGGUUGGCUUCGCCUUUGUCCGACUUCUCCAAUGUGAACCCAUCCCAAGUCUGGCCAUCUGAGAUCCAAACACCCUACUCCGCCAGUGGUAUCUCCUCUCCUUCGUACGCGCACGAACAGAUGUAUUACCCUGGCGCCAACCAGCCUCCGUCGUCUGGAUAUCAUCAAAACGGCCAUUAUCAACAACCACAAAGCCAUUAUUACGCUGCGGAGACAAAUCAGUACUACCAGUCUACUCAGUACAGUGACCUGCGACCAGGAUACUGA